AUGAGUUAUGAAAAUUAUGAUCCCAGUUUCCCGGACCAGCCCGUGGUGGAUAUGUACCUCCAAAUAUGGGCCCGCCUCCCCGCCUUCCGCCACAAGCCCGCCUUCAUUUGGGCCGAAGACGGGGCGCAGGGCCCCUCCUUCUUAACCUACGCGCAGCUCAACUCUGCUGUGCAUUCCAUUUCAUCGUCGUUAUCACAAUCUUUGCACAAGGGCGAUACUGUGGUCAUACUCUGCGAGCCGGGCCUCGAGCUGGUGGAGAUCAUCUUCGCUUGCCAACGAGCCGGGCUUAUCGCGGUCCCUGUCACCCCUCCCCACCUCUCAUUAGCAAACAAUCACAACCACCACCUCCUUGUGAGGGUUCUCUCCCAAACGAAGCCUUGCGCCGCCUUAGCCACGCGCAGUUAUAUCCGCGCUGCAGGAGAAUACUCUUCAUGCGCCAGUACCCGCCUGUCGAAGCUUCUGGAACAACUCAGAUGGAUCGCGACUGAGGAUUUGACGGAACAAAGUGAGCAUCACGAGACGUCGGGAUAUGAGGGAUGCAGAGUGAACGAGGUGUACUUAAUUCAGUACACCUCGGGAGCCACUGGCAUCCCAAAACCCGUCCUCGUGACGGCAGGCGCGGCCGCCCACAACGUCCGGGCGGCGAGGCGGUCAUACGACCUUCACCCGAAUAGCAUGAUCGCGUCGUGGCUGCCUCAGUACCAUGACUGCGGGUUAAUGUUUCUUCUGUUGACUAUUGUAUCCGGGGCGACGUGCGUGCUGACAUCACCCAGCGCGUUCGUCACCCGCCCUAGGAUGUGGCUGGAGAUGAUCACCGAGUAUAAGGCCACUUGCACCCCCGUCCCCUCCUUCGCGCUGCCUCUCGUCGUCCGGCGCGGCGGUGGGACCUCCGGCCUCCACCUUGAAACCCUCAAAAACCUAAUCAUUAUCAACGAGCCAAUAAUCAAGCCUUCCAUCGACGAAUUCGUCCGAGUUUUCUUGCCAUUGGGGCUCAAUCCAUCGUGCAUAUCUCCAUCUUAUGGCUUGGCGGAGAAUUGCACCUUUGUUUCGACGGCGUGGAGGAGCGGCGGCAGCGGCGGUUUCCCAAUUCACAAGAAUCUGCUGCCUAGCGCGAAGCUGCCUACUUCAAGAGAAGAAGUGCUAGAGGAAGACAUCGAAAUCAUGGUGGUGGAUGAGGAAACUCACGAGCCCGUCGACGACGGCGUGGAAGGCGAGAUAUGGAUUUCUUCCCCGGGAACCGCCCUCGGGUACCUCGACCACCCGUCGCUGACGCGGGAGGUCUUUAACAGCCGGCUACGGGACAGAGUAGCCGGCUGCUACGUCCGGACCAGCGACAGGGGAGUAGUCGCCGGAAAGGAGAGGUAUCUCUACGUCAUGGGGAGGUGCUCCGACGUGAUCAAGGGCGCGGUGCAUCCCCAUUACGUGGAGAAGGCUGCGUACGGUAGUUGCCCGAGGCUGCUGAGGCCGGGGUGCCUCGCAGCGUUCGAGCAUCAGGGAGUGGUGAUGCUCGUGGCUGAGGUGCUCAAGCCCGAGCUAGAAAAUAAUGCUUUGGUGAGUGUGUGUGAAGGGAUUCGGAGUACGGUUUGGGAAGAGGAGAGGGUGGAAGUGGGCGUGGUGGUUCUUGCGAGGAGCCGGAGUGUUCCGAAGACGACGUCGGGGAAGGUAAUGCGAUGGGCGGCGAGAUAUGCUUUUGAAAGGGAUGAGUUGAAGGAAGUUGUGAGGGUGAUAUUUGGUGAAGAUGGAUGCAAGUCUACGGUGUUUGGAGAGAGAGUGUAUGAACAGAGAGUGAGGGAGAGAACCAAGGAUCGGGCGGUUGUUGAGGAGGAGGAGGAGAGACAAGGGAUCCUUCUUGCUGGAAAUCGUCUUUCCUUACAAUCCUCGUUGUAA